ACCCUCUUUUAAAUCUACCCCUUUUUGCCAUUUUUACUUAUACCCUCUAUUAAAAAUUUAAGACCAUUUUACCCUGCAACCAAAACAUUUGUUUCUUUCUUCUUCCACGCCGACAAAAUUUCUCUCCCUCUCUCGUCGCGUCUCUCCUCGCCGUAAUCAUCAUCGCGUCUCUCUUUCGCCGGAAUUACAUCUCGCCGGAAUCACCGUCGUCUCUCUUUCGCCGUCGUCACCAGGUUCAAUGGUUGAAUUGUAUUCUAUAUGUGGCUUUUGGAGUUACAUAUAUAAUAAUUGUGGGGAGUUUGAUGUUGAUCUAGAAAGGGGAGCUUCUCUUGUCAACAUAGAUGAGAACAUUAGUUUUGCGGAGUUGGUUGAAGUUCUUGUUGAUGAUUUUCAUAUUUAUAGGGUGUCAAAUCUUGUGAAUCUUAGUUACAAGAUAGACUCUAAUUUAGAGCUUCAUCCACUUUAUAUAAGAAUUGAUAGACAACUUCAAACAUUUUUGACAAAACCGCUUCCAAGUGGAGGCUUUCAUAAACUUUGUGUGACAAUAGAAGAUAUUUCUUUUACAGUUGAGCAGGGUGGAACAACCUCAAAUCCAUUUGAUGAGAGUGUCUUUCCUUCACAAGCUCCCACUCCUGUUUUGGGUGCAACAACCUCAAAUCCAUUUGCUGCAAGAGUGCUUCCUUUCCAAGCUCCUACUCCUCUUCAGACAAGGCCUUAUUUUAUGACAAAUGAGGCGUGUGUAUCUGAAUCAUCUGGUAUUCAUAGUCAACAGUUUAUAACUGAAAUAUCCCACCAAGAAGAGGGUGGUUUAAGUAAUGCUUGUUCAUCUGCUUUAAGUGAUGUUGGUUCUUUGAUCUGUGGGAAAUUAUUUAAGAACAAAGGGGAAAUGGUAGAUCUGAUGAGGAAGUUUGCUGUGAAACAUAGUUUGGAGUUUAUGACAGACAAAUCUGAUAAGGAUAGAUAUGUUCUUCAUUGUAUUGAUGAAAAAUGUGGUUGGAGACUUCGUGCAAUUAGGGUAAAGUCAUCAGAGAGUUUUCAUCACCAAUAAUAGUCUUCGCCUCAACCUGCAAAAAUUAAAUUAUACUCAAAAUCUCCAUAUUUACUAGCACAUAAAUAGCUUGUUGACAGGUAUGGACUGUUAAUAAGUGUAAAACUUACGUUAUUCAUUCGUUUAACAAAGUUUACUAGCGCAGAAAAAGAUGGUGCGGUAGUGCUCUCCCAGUUGAAUAUCAAAGGAUAGUCAGAGUUGGACGUGUUAGAUCUUUUUCCAAAUGCUGCACCCAACACUGGAACUGCGCUCAAAGCCCAUACUGUUAUUGCUAUAGGAAAUCCCUUGACGUCGUACGCACCUUUUAACCAAGUUUUCUUAUUCAUCUUUUGAAUGCAUGAUGAAAGAACAACAUACGCUUCUUUUCCCCACGAUUGGGCUGUGUACAUAUCAAAAUCUGAAGCAUGUUCCAAUCUAUCAGCAGGUAUUUUCUCUUGACAAGAUAAUGUAAGGAGUAUCCCUUCAGUUAAAACUACAGCACCAAGGCAAAACUUUUCUUCAUCUUCAAUUUCUUCUUCACCAUCUUCUACUUUCCUAAACAAACGGUUCUGUAUUUGACUCAGAGUAAAUUGUCCACCUUGUGUCCAGAAGUACUGCUCUUUCACAAGGUCUUUGCCUUUUCGUUGAAGAUCUCUAUCAACAGCUUGACAUUGAAUACCUGUUUUUUAUUAAACAAAGAUUUAAAAACUUUAACAAAAUCGUUGUAGUCAUUCUAAAAUAGCUUUUAAAACUCAAGUGAACACAUUGUAAAAUCUUUAAAAUAUCUUGUAAACCUUUAAAAAUAGCUUGUAAACAGUUUAAAAAUAGCUUGUAAA